AUGAAUUUCGUGAAUAUUGCAAAACAUCUUUUCCAUUUAACACAAUUGGAAUGUUGCUUUGAAGAUUCACCAACAAGUGCUGAUGAAAUUUUCGCUUCACAACAAUUAUUCGAAAUUUUAAAGACAUUUAAAGAUGAUUACUUUCAUGAACUAUAUACUUAUCAAAGUCUCGAUUUUCAUGAUGAAUAUGAUGAAACUACGGAUGAAGAAGACAGUGCUGACGAAGAAGAAUCAACUGAUGAGAAAGAAAAUAUUGGUGACUAUGAUGAAAAUGAAUCAUUCGAGAUUCAGACUAAUUUUACAUUAGAAGAGAUGGAAAAUAUAGUAGAAUGGCUUGAUCAGCAUCCAGAUUAUUAA